CAUUUAAAUAAACAAGUCGAGGUACCGAGACGCAUUUACACGUAGUCUCCUUUCAACUGUGAAGGUGUCUCCUUAACGUCGGGAUUUUUAGUUCUUAUAUCGUGCAGAUGAAGAUGGAAAAGAUGAGAUAUUUGUUCGUCCUUUUGACCGUGGGAGUGGCAAUCCUCUGCUUCUUCCCCCUCGUAUUAACCUUUAUCAUAAGGGACAAGAUCGACUGCUUCCCCUUUGUUCGAGACAUGGUUCGACUCUCCAUGCCGAACCCCGAAGAGUCCGCUAUGCUCCCCCAGUCUAAGACUCAGGACCCUGCCACGCUCCUUCAGUCCAGACCUCAGGACCCUGCCACGUUACCCCAAUUUAAGCCUGAAGAACCUGCAAUGCUACCCCCAUCCGCGCCUCAGGACCCUGCCAUGCCCUUCCAAUCGAAGCAUCAAGACCCUGCCACGCUUCUCCAUUCCGCGCCUCAGGACCCUGCCAUGCCCUUCCAAUCCGCAUCUCAGGACCCUGCCACGUUAUCCCAACCCAAGCCUGAGAAACUUGCAGUACUCCCCCCAUCCGCGUCCCAGGACCUUGCCAGGCUACCCCAACCCGCGCCUCAAGACCCUGCCAAGUAUCCACAGUCUACGUCUCAGAACCUAGCAACACCCUCAGUGCCUCGCGCGCCAUCUCUUAAUAAUACAGCAAGAUUUUUGAAACCGCAGAGCAAGUUUCUUGGCCAGCCAAUACAAGGAUACGAUAACAAUUUGCUAAUGAAGCCGGCAGAUCCCCAUGUCAUCAUCUACAACCGUGUUCCGAAGUGUGCGUCCGCUACAAUGCUGCGUAUAUGCCUCAGCUUAUCAAAGAGCAACAGCUUCUCCUUCAACAACAUGAGGGACUUGGGGAAGCACUCGAGCCGGGCCGAUAAGGUGAAGCUCGCCAAGUGGAUUUUCGGGCGCUCCUUCACCUCAAGACACUUUUUCUUUGAGCACAUGACUUACCUCAACUUCAGCAGAGUGGGUUUCUGGGAACCGACUUGGAUCAACGUGGUGCGGCAUCCGGUAAAGAGGUACAUUAGCCACUACUACUUCAAGGGACCCAAUCAGACCCUGGACGUCUGCAUAGGCACCGGCAGGUGUUACUUCAAGCACGGGAAGUACAGGAUCCCUUCGCAGAUCUCUUACUUCAUUGGAUACAACCCGAUUUCGAAGUUGAAGCUGAAUGCCCGAGCCUUACAAAUGGCCAAGCAUGUGGUCGAGAAAGUAUUCGUGGUUAUAGGAAUCCAGGAAGAGUUGGAUAACACGCUUCUGGUCUUCGAACAUCUUCUCCCUAAUUUCUUCGGAGGCGCUACGAAAAUAGAGUAUAAGAACUGGAACAUCCAAGCUUCGAAACCACCGACUUCGAACAAAACACUAGCGAUUCUCCAGCGCUUGUUGAAAGUCGACAUCGAAUUCUACGAUUAUUUAAAGCAACGAUUCCACAGGCAGCUGGAAGGAGUCAGAGAACAACUGAGGAAUAAUCAUUUGUAGUUUGUUUUUGU